AUGCGUGGGACUUUCAUUCUUUCUCUGCUUUCUGCGGCGCUGGGCGCUUCGGCUGGUCUGACCACUUCUAACUUGGAAACUCAUGUCGAUGUGCUGGCACUCGACAGUGCUUUCAACCCAGUUAAGGAAGCCUACUGGACUGGCUAUCCUCACCACCGUCGCACUCCUUUUGCGGUGUCUCCUGAUGGAAAAUCUGCCUACAUUGCCUAUCUGGAUUCUAGCGAGACCGAUGUUCACGUUCAAGAGUUGGAUCCCACCACUUUCGAGGCUACGGGAACUACGGUUACCGUCUCUGGUGGAAAGGAAGCUGGAGGUCUUGUUGCCCACAACGAUGGCUUCGCUAUUCUAGUGAACGAAGCCAUGCCAUCGGGUACCACCAAUGCACCACCCAGCGAUACCCCCGUCGCUGUCCUGUACCGCUACACCGAGGGCAAGCAAACCUGGAAGACUUGGCUGGGUGGUCCUGGAGUUCACGCCUCCGACGGCCUCUCUGCCUCCCCGGACAUGAACGGAGACCUCGUCUAUUCUGAAAGUGAAGGUCUCUACGGCGCAUACUUCGUUGUCACGGAUUACACUGGCGAUGCCUCUGGUCACUACGGUGACAGCAUUCAGUAUGUCACCAAGACCGGAGAGCUAAAUACCAUCUCCGGUGCAUCAAGCUCCUGGGGAUGCAGCCACAACACUGGGAUUGCUUUCGAGGCUGCCGACCAGGCUCCUUUCGCUAGUAUCUGCGCUGAGGACCAGGGCGCGAUCUGGCUGAACACUAAGGGACAAGGUAUGAUGAACGACGGAGUCAAGAUCUCCAAUGAGAACACCACCAACGGUGGCUCUGGUGAGCCCAUGGGUGGUAUGUCCGGCAGUUAUAGCGCGCUGGCUCGCUUUGCCGAUACCACCAAGUACAUCUUCGCCUGGGUUUCUCGUGGUGCCAUUGACGUGACCGAGAACACGUGGAUAGGUGAUGGCUACACUCACGUCAACAACCGCACCAAUGGCCGAAAUGUUGCCAUCUCCCUGUUCACAGACAAGUACACCAAGGUCGGCGACCAGGCAACCUCGGUCGUUGGCACUGAGGAUGGAGACAGCCAGGUCAACUGGGUUACCAAGGGAUCAAACGACUGCUCCAAUGCCCACGCCGCUACUUUUGGCAGCAGCUCGGCCCUGGUCACCUGGGAAGAGAUCUCGAACCCGAUCUGUGACUACAUCGCGAUGGGUUGUCGGGGAGAGUUUGCGGGCACUUUCUUCCAGGAGGUGAACUCCGAUGGUACCACCAUUGGUGAUGCUUUCACGAGUACCGAUGUCUACGUUGCGGGUGAUAUGGUCACCAUGUCGGAUGGUCGUAUUUGCUGGCCGUAUGUUAGCAUGAAAUGGGAUCUGUCGCAGGCGGUUGGGUAUGGUACUACUUCUUCGACUACUAAGAAGAUGUCUUUUGCUUGCAUGAGCACUGGGGAGACCACUAACACUACCACUUCUGCCGAGAUCACGACCGUCGCUGCUACUAAGACCACUGCCGCCGCCGAGACCGCUGCUGCUGCUAUCCAGACUACUGCUGCCGUUGAGACUACUUCUGCUGCCGAGAUCACUGUCGCCGCCGUUGAGACCAUCACUACCGCUAAGACUACCACGACUACUGCUCCCGCCGAGCAGGCUGUCCAGGCCGUGACUACCUUCGCCACCCAGGCGCGUCAGUCCUUGCAGCCCAGCACCGUUGUAUCCACCCCUAACAGUGUUGUGAGUGCCCAGGCCAUCCCAACUGGCAGCGCUCAGGAUACGCUGGACUUUAUUCGGGCUGUUUUCAGAUUCUUGGUCGGUAGCAACUAA